GUGUGUGUUCCGUCCUGUCUGCUGUUUACUCUUGUUCGGCAACGGCAUGAUUCAGUGCUUUGCUGCUAAAAUUUUGAACAUCAGACCACUUUGCUGACCACCUGAAUUUGAAUCUGGUCAUGGUGUACGCUGAGACUACGAUAACGAAGAGAUAAGUGAGCAAACGGAACAGCUCAUCUAAAAACAGUACGAAAAGUAUCAAGACAGUGAGUUUCAACUGACUGUUAAAGAGAUAUAGUUUUUUUCAUGAUUUCAUCAUUUUAAAACAGCACAUUUCUAAACAUGUAAUCAAAAUUACCCCUCAAAUAGCAGUAUUUCUCAGCGAAGUAGUUCUAUGUGUCUACAGUUAGAAUAAAACUUCCAACAGAUUGUUAAAAAUAAAAGUCUUUAGCUUCUUUAUAGUGUUGUUCAGUGCCAAACAAGCUAACAGUGUUGUUCCAGCUCAUAGUCACGUGUUUGUUUUAGCUUUUAGAACAAGCAACAUUUGUUUUCAGAUUUCACUAAAAGGGCCAUUUAUCAUCGCUGAUUGAGAAAUAUAGGCAACAGUUAUUGACUAUACCGUCAUUAUUUGUAUUUUCAGUGUUCCUCCUACUUGUUAAAGUCAGAAUUUGAUGAAAGGUUUUCUUCACGGCAAUAUGGUUUCAGCAGUAAAGGAUUUCUGUAACUGAAACUGAAUAUUCAAAGUUUUCAUUUAAGGCUGUUGCAUAACAAAUUCACUAAACAUUACAUACAGUAAGCUGUUCUAAAUCAUUCACUUGAUCAGUUUAAAAGUUGGCGAGGUGAGAGAGGAGGUUUAAAAUUUAGCGCAUGGUAAUGGUUUUGGUUGUAGUUCUUUUACACCUUGCUUUCAAUGUCAUUUCUCCCUGAGCCGGUGUCUGCCUGGGGCUCGGAGAAGCUGUCUUUAACAGCAACAGUGUCACUGUGUUGUAGAUGAGAGAGAAAUAAACAACCUCUCCACGGAAAUGUGACCUAGUGCGGCUUCAGGUUCAAAAUGUGGACAAACCUCUGUAUCGCGGGACAUACCACUGCUUCCAGUCAAUCAUACGGCAGGAAUCUAUGCUCGGUCUGUACAAAGGAAUCGGCUCUCCAAUGAUGGGGCUUACUUUCAUCAAUGCCAUAGUUUUUGGUGUUCAGGGAAAUGCCAUGCGCAAACUUGGCAGGGACACACCUCUCAACCAGUUCCUGGCUGGAGCCUCUGCUGGAGCCAUCCAGUGUGUUAUUUGCUGCCCAAUGGAGCUGGCCAAGACGCGCAUGCAGAUGCAAGGGACUGGAGAGAAGAAGUCUAAGAAGAAGAUGUACAAGAACUCCCUGGACUGUUUGGUGAGAAUCUACAAGAAGGAGGGAAUCCGAGGGAUUAAUCGUGGCAUGGUGACCACUCUGAUACGUGAGACACCUGGUUUUGGUGUGUACUUCCUCACAUAUGACGUGCUGACGCGUUCGCUGGGCUGUGAGCCAGAAGACCCAUACAUGAUCCCCAAGCUGCUGUUUGCUGGUGGAAUGUCGGGCAUUGCUUCGUGGCUCUCCACCUAUCCUGUUGAUGUGAUCAAGUCACGUCUGCAGGCGGAUGGAGUGGGCGGUGUCAACCAGUAUAACGGCAUUAUGGACUGCAUCAGACAGAGUUUAAACAAGGAGGGAUGGAGAGUGUUCACACGUGGACUCACGUCCACUUUGCUCCGUGCAUUUCCAGUCAAUGCUACUACGUUUGCCACUGUGACUCUAUUUUUAAUGUACAUGCGUGACAGAGAAGAGUGCAGCAUUCAGGACUCUGAGCCGCAGUCUGUCCAGCUGCAGCCUCUGCAGCCACAGACUCAGCCAAGCAGCAUGUAAGCCGCUGAGCAGCAGUCAGCAUCGCUACAAUCAGCAGCAAUUCUCUGUAGCAUAGACAAGUUUCAUGCAGGUCUAUGAUCUGUUAGCUGAUGCCUGUAAUGACAAAAGUGAACUGAUUCUAGAUAAGCAUCUGGCCACAUGUAGUAUUUAAAUCAUAUAUAUAUAUAUAUAUAUAUAUAUAUAUAUAUAUAUAUAUAUAUAUAUAUUUUAAGAUAAAAGCUGCUCUUGUAAAUAUGGUUUCUUUUUAAACACCCUUGAGUUUGUACAUAUUUUGUUGAGUUUAAAGUAAAUGAGGAAACUUAAGUUACAAGAGUUACUGUAACAUACCGUGACGGUUACAGAUGUCCCUAAAAUGUCCAGUCAAAGAAAGACUUUGUCUUCAUUGCUGUGUUCAGGUCAGAAUAGAGUAUGCCUGAAGGGCAUGCAUUUAAUUAUGGAAUAAUGUAUUUGUAUUGUUUUCCUUCUGCGGUCAGUAAAAUGACAAGAUUUUUAAUGUAAUUUGUUAAUUUUUAGUGGUCAGCCAAUGCUGUGUACUUUCAACUGAACACAGCAUCUUAAAAUAAUGGUUAUAAAUUCAAAGAGAGCCUCAUACUUGUAUGUCAAUUUGUAAAGUUUAACACUGUGUAUACUGUAGUUUCACCUUCCUAUGACUAGUCAUCGGAAAUUAAUCCAAAAUGCAGCUGCUGUCUAAAGUUUUAAUCUCGUGUGGGUUUUUCGAACUCAAUUCUUUGUCUACUGUAAAAAUCUGCCUUGGAUAUGACAUUUUUAAAUUGUUACAGGCUCAUUGCAGUUUGACAUAAAUAUUAUUUGGAUAUAGGCAGAUGCAAAAUAAUCAUGUUUAAUCGUUUCCUUAAAAUGUUAUUAUUUGACAUAGUGAAUCGAAAACCAAAUGCGAUGCGAUGUAACAAGUAGUUUUUCUGGACAUCGUACAGUGUCCAAAGAAAGCACCUUAUGGUAUGAUGAACACGUGUGGUUAGAAACACAUUUUGGCAAUCACAGUUUUCACUUUACACUCAAUAGAUAUUAUAUUUUGUAUUUUCUGCGAAUUCAAGAUUUUGAUGCAGUGUUGGAAGUGGGAUUUUAAAAAUCCAAAUGUAUUUAAACCUGAACCAUUUGAUGUGAAGCACAAUGUUUAACAGGUUCCACAUUCUCCACUAGGGGGCACUGUCAGACCAGUCUUGUACUCUAAUUUGUGCCACUGAGAGCUUGGGAGGGCUGCACAGUUGCUCAGUGUUUAGUACUGUUGCUUUGCAGCUAGAAGAUCCCCUGUUCGUGUCCCGGCCUGGUGUGUGUGUGUCCGUGUGUGUGUGUCCAUGUCCAGGUGCUGGCUAGACUUGUGGGGAUCAAAUGUCCCCACAACUAUAGGAAAACCAAAAGAAAUGUCAUUUGUGGGGACCUCAUUUGGGUCCCCACAAAUGAAAACAGUGUUUUCUUGGCCAUGUUGUUGUUACUGAAAAAAGUAAAAGUGCAAAAACGUUUCUUUAGGGUUCGGCAUUGUUUUGGUGUUGGUUAGGGUUAGGGGUUGGAUAUGAAUGGGAGUCAACGGUAAGUCCCCACCGGUACAGAUAAACAAACGUGUGUGUGUGUGUUUUCUCUGGGUUCUCCGGCUUCCUCCCACAGUCCAGAAACAAACUGAGGUUAAUUGGUGUUUCUAAAUAGUCCGUAGGUGUGAAUGUGAGUGUGCUUGUUUGAAUGGCUAGAGCAAGAAGACAGUAGCUUUUGCAGUUUUCACAGACUUUACCACUUUUUGCAGUUUUGGGUUUGUGUAGGUCUAAGAAAUCAUUUGUGGUACCCGUUAGUGAAAUCACAUUCUUGUUUGGGUAAAAAAAAAAAAAAUAAAUCUUGUUGCCAAUCCUCCACCCCCACCCAGUGUCAGCAAGUCAAGUGACCUCUGUACUCUUCCUAGUAAAGUGUUACAAGUUAAGCAUGUUUUUUUUUGAAGGUUUAAAAAGUAAACUACAUGACAUGAAAAGUUGAAAUUGCUAACAAAUGCGGGCACAAAAUGAGCAUUUGUUGCACCUACACACUUUUGUAUUACACAGUUGUCAUAAAGUAUCACAAAUGCAGAAGCUGUAACUUCCCCUGCAUGCAGACGGUGCACAUCUUCAUGGCUGUAGGUGCAGGUUAGUUUGGGACUGCAGGGUGUGAAGUUCUGGAACCACUUUUGGAUUCUCCAAAGAUGUAAUGCAGGGAUGUGAUUUUUCCGCGAAUUCGCGGAAUUCCGCUUUUUUCAGGGAUGGGAAUUUACCGCGGAUUUCCGCCGAUUUCAUUAAUUUGAACGCUGAUUUCACAAGUUUGAACACUUUAUUGUCGCUGAUACUCCCGCGUGAUGGUAACGACGUUAACGAUAGCUUGUUAACGACUAUUGUAAACGGCCCAGCGAUUGGAAGUCGCUCCUCCUCCUUCCUCCUCCUUCCUCAACAACUUUCCGCUAAAAUCAGAACUUGCUGAUCCCAUCCCUGGUAAUGAUGUACAUACUGUGAAUUUAGCGGUUUUGGUUUUACUGUUAUUCAUAGUUAUGAGGAUGUGAGAUCUUACUUUAGAUUUGCCUUAAUUGCAACCUUGUGUUCUUCUGUUUUUUCUCUCCAUGUUUCUGAAGUCUGAGUUUGUCUUUAUUGGUGGAUGAAACAUGAUUCCUGAUAUUUUUGUAAAAGGUCUGCUUUAAAUGUUGCUUUCGUGUUCUGUACUUGUUUAUGUACAAUAAGUUACACCAAAGUAGCACAUCCUCAUGUAGUUCUUUAAGAGAAUGGUGAAAUAAAAGACUUUCACAGGUA